AUGGCGGCCCAGAUCGAGAUGAAGACGAAGCGGCCCGGCGACGCGACGCACUACGCCCGGAAGGGCGCGACCUGCCGCAUCCACUACGAGGGCAAGCUCAGCGACGGCACGAUCUUCGACUCGUCGCGCGCGCGGCAGAAGGCGCUCAUGUUCAAGCUCGGCGAGGGCCAGCUCAUCGAGGGCUUGGAGCAGGCCGUGGCCAAGAUGUCGACGGGCCAGAUCUGCUUGUUUACCGUGCCGCCGAGCCUCGGCUACGGCGUCAACGGCUACCUGCCCGUCGUCCCGCCCAACGCGACGCUCUACUACGAGGUCGAGCUCGUCGCCUUCUCCUUCGAGGACGACAAGGGCCACGUGUGA